AUUCUUUUCAGUGUAAAAGACGCGGUGACUGUGCAACGACCUUAACUAGAGUCUUGCAGACGUGUCAAUGAGAGGCGGAGAAGGCAAGAGGAAAGUAUAAUCGGCUGGAAGUGGCUGAUUCCGGCGCCGUAAGGCUUCAGUUCGUCUUAAAACGCCCACGUAGCUCCUCGACGCUCUCGAUUCUAUUACGUUGGAAAACGAUCCUCAGGAUCGUUUCAAUCAACGGAGAACCAUGAAUAUCAAAAGUGUGCCCGCUGUUUUCUUAAUACUUGGAUUGUCUCUGAUAUUUAUCGGCGACGCAGAAGCAGGAUGGAAAUUCUGGAAGAAGAAGGACGCAACCACGACCACCACAACUGUUGCUCCAGCAGUCGCAGAUCCAGUACAAACGAAACCAAACACGCUACCAGGCGCAACACCUGUAACAAACAAACCUACAGGAAGUCCAACGAAUGUUGGAUCAGCUGUUCUUGGAGCGGGUGACCCUGGAUUGGCGAUUGGAGUCACUUCGACUGGAGGAAAAAUAAAAGAAAAUGCUCGACCAAGCAGACCUAACCCAGGAACGGAAGUGGGUCUCGAUUUCCCGGCACCGAAACCAGGAAAUCCAGGAGUCGGUGGUAACACUGGUAAAGGAUACAGAGACUGGGCUGUUGAUCUUACUGGGGCUGGAGAGCCCGGAAGACAAUCCCCGAAACUGCCUAGUGAAGGACCAGCAUUAAGUUCUGGAGGUUCCAAACCGAACUCUGUACCUGGAGGCACGGCACAGCCACAAACACCAGGCGCCAAGCCAGUAGCGAGUCCUGGAAACGCACCAUCGCCACGGCCUCAACAACAACCUCAGCCUCAGCCUCAACCUCGUCCACAAACACCAGGAUCACCUACACCGGGCUCUAAGCCAGCUGUUGCACCAGGACAACCUCAACCAUCUCCGAAUCAACCUGCACCUGGAGGCAAUCAAGUAUCUUCGUUGUUCGUAACGUUAAAACCAGGUCCAACGCCAGCACCAUCUAGACCAGGAAGUCCUGGUUCUCUUAAUGCACCAGGAAGACCUGGCUCUCCUAAUGCACCGGGAAGUCCUGGUUCCUUUAAUGCACCAGGAGGUCCUGGUUCUCUUAAUGCACCAGGAAGUCCUGGUUCUCCUAAUGCACCAGGAAGUCCUGGUUCCCCUGGAAGAACUUGGGCUGAUGUUGCUGGUGGUGGCAGCAGAUCUAACUCACCUACACCUGCUCCACGACCUGGAUAUCCAAAUCAGCCAAAUUAUCCAAGCCAACCAGGUAUAGGUCAAUCUCAACCAAGACCAUCGACACCAACUCAACCUGGAAGAACAGGGCCAUCCACAGGAGCAAUAGCAGGUGGUGCAUUAGCAGGUGGUGCACUAGCAGGAGCAGCUGUAGCAGGAGCAGCAGCAGCAAAUAAGAAAACCUACUCUAGUAAUCCUACUUUUAGCAAAGGAAACACUAUCACUGAUGAAGACUUGGAGAAACUUUCCGAGGCUCUCUUCAUUAAGGAUAACAAUAAUGCGAACAGAUAUAUCACGCUAAAUCUACAGAAGCAAACAAGCAGUAGUAGCACAACAGAUGACGCACCACAACCGCUGUUCACGGUAAACGCAGAAGCGUACCAAGGUCCCACGAUUCAAAGAGUGAUAUCGAUCUAUGACAAUUACAAACCGGAAACCAAUGUAAAUGAGCACAUAAGCCCGUUGCAGAGACAAGAAGAGAGUCUCCUUGUAGACACGUUCCUCAGCACGAACGUGAUGUCCUACGCUAUGAGAUUUUUAGCGGACAAAGGACAAAUUCGCAAAGAUUAUUACGAAUAUAAAGACACGAUAAGAAAAAUAUGGUUUAACUUGUUCUCUAGAGGACAAGGAAAAAUUGGUAGCUCAGGUUUCGAGCAUGUUUUCAUGGCAGAACUUAAGAGUGUACCAUCUGGUACCGAAGUAGUUGGUUUGCAUAAUUGGAUCUUCUAUAGCAAAGAGGAAAGCAGUGGAAAAGCAAAUUAUGCUGGAUAUUUGAACAAAGUUGACCUUGGAGAUAAAGCAUCUAUCAUCAAAAUAAGAACGAAAUACAACGGGUACGAUAAACCGGUAACGGCACUAUUCGUGGGUACCUCGCCUGAACUGGAGAUGGCGCUGUACACGGUGUGCUUUUACGCGAGACCAGAGGGAAAUUGCCCGGUGUCUCUAGGAGGAACGAAGUUUAACAUUGUCACCUAUAAAUUUAAGUACAGAGGAAACGAUCUGGUAGGAACUGCUUAUCCAGAUAUAUAAUUUUAUCAAAGUUAUAUUUCUGUUUAUAUAUUUAAAAACAUAGAAUGUAAUUUUGUGACAUGUUCAAACGAGAGCAAUAAAAAAUGACGUGUAUACAAAA